AUGGACAGGCUGAUAAGUUUAGAGCCAUCAAACCUUGUAGCAAUCAGGAUUGAACCUGGACAGAGGUGUUAUGGCGAGCUUGUUUUGCGCAAUGUUAUGUACACCAUGCCAGUGGCCUUCCAGCUUCAACCAGUGAACAGGACUCGUUACACGGUCCGACCACAAACUGGGAUCAUAUCUCCCCUCAAAACCCUCACUGUAGAGAUCACUUAUCAUCUCCCUCCUAAUUCAAACCUUCCCAACUCGUUUCCUCGAUGUGAGGAUUCAUUCCUCUUGCACAGCGUUGUGGUUCCAGGUGCAGCAGUUAAAGAUCCCUCAUCAACAUUUGAUUCAGUCCCUAUUGACUGGUUUACCACAAAGAAGAAGCAAGUUUUCAUUGACAGUGGUAUUAAAAUUCUGUUUGUUGGCUCACCAGUGCUGGCUCAACUUGUCACCAAUGGCUCCAUGGAGGAAAUUAGAGAAUUACUUGAGAAGAGUGACCCAGCAUGGAAGGCAGCCGACUCGGUUGAUGCAGAUGGUCAGACAUUGCUUCACUUGGCAGUUGCUCAAAGCAGGCCUGAUCUUGUCCAGGUACUUCUUGAGUUUGAGCCAAAUGUAGAGGCUAAGAGCCGAUCAGGGUCUAGCCCCCUUGAGGUGGCGGCAUCAUCAGGUGAAGCAUUGAUUGUAGAGCUCCUGCUGGCUCAUCGAGCCAGUACAGAGCGAUCAGAGUCCUCCACUUGGGGCCCAAUUCACCUUGCUGCUGGAGGCGGUCAUAUGGAGGUUUUGAGGCUUCUUUUGCUCAAGGGUGCUGAUGUUAACACAAACACGAAGGAUGGGAAAACAGCUUUACACCUUGCAGUCGAAGAGCGAAGAAGGGACUGCGCAAGGCUAUUGUUGGCCAGUGGGGCAAGACCUGAUGAUCGGAACACUGGCGAUAGUGACACCCCAUUGCAUAUCGCAGCUGCCAUAGGUGAUGAGCACAUGGUCAAGCUGUUACUGCAAAAGGGAGCUAACAAAGAUAUCAGAAACCGCUUUGGAAAAACAGCUUAUGAUGUUGCAGCUGAGCAUGGCCACACUAAGCUUUUUGAUUCACUUAGUCUCGGGGACAGUUUGUGUGCGGCAGCUCGGAAGGGGGAGGUAAGAACAAUCAACAGGCUUCUUGAAAAAGGAGCGGCCAUCAAUGGCCGCGACCUCCAUGGAUGGACAGCACUACACCGAGCUUGCUUUAAGGGACGCCUAGAUGCGAUCCGAACUCUGAUUGACAAGGGCGUUGAUGUCAAUGGGAGAGACGAGGAUGGCUACACGGCCUUGCACUGUGCUGUGGAAUCAGGGCAUGCCGAAGUGAUUGAAUUACUGAUAAAGAAAGGGGCUGAUGUAGAAGCAAGAACCAACAAGGGUGUAUCUGCAAUGCAGAUUGCGGAGUCACUGCACUAUUCAGGGAUCACAAGGAUACUCAUUCAAGGUGGUGCCACUAAGGAUAGAGUCCCAAUGGUUACUGCACCAACAAAGAAGGAGUCACAGUCAUUUAGAAAAGGAAUGGGGGCUCAAGAGAUGGAGAUUGGAACAUUCAAGAAGAAGCCUACUAGAGCCAAAGUCCUGCGUAGUAGCUUUAAUCGGUCUGGGCAAUUAAUGGCUGUCCUCUAGCUUGUGUGAGACAAUGGGUUUUUUGCUUCCUACAUGAGAGCUCAAACUAUUCUUUCUUAGCUGAUAUUUGUGGAAGUUGUAAACUCACAACUGUUUUUCUGCUCUUCG